UUUUCUCAGCAACUGCGUUUGUUCAUUUGUUUUGUAUUUGCGUCUUUACAGGGACUCCUGGAUAAGUACCUGAUCCCCAAGGCUAGCAAUGCCGAGAGCAAAGUAUUCUACCUCAAGAUGAAGGGUGACUACUACAGGUAUCUCGCAGAAGUCGCCACUGGUGAAACCAGAAAUACCGUGGUAGACGACAGCCAGAAGGCAUACCAGGAUGCCUUCGAAAUCAGCAAGUCAAAGAUGCAGCCUACCCACCCGAUCAGGCUAGGUCUCGCCCUCAACUUUUCUGUCUUCUAUUACGAGAUUCUCAAUUCACCAGACAAGGCCUGUCAACUGGCCAAACAGGCGUUCGACGAUGCGAUCGCGGAGCUGGACACACUUAAUGAAGACAGCUACAAAGAUUCCACAUUGAUCAUGCAGCUUCUGCGCGACAACCUCACUCUGUGGACCAGUGACACGCAGGGCGACGGGGACGAGCCACAGGAGGGCGGCGACAACUAACCUUCCUAAGCUUAAGUCCUUUCUAAACCUAAUAAGAACAUCCUAUUCUCUAUCGUCCCCCCGUCCCCCUGAAGUGCUCACCCAUAUGUCCAUCCACCCAGAUCCAUCCAUCCAUGUCCACCUGACCUCUUGUCCCUCGCGUACCUCGUUUCCUUCUUUCCUUCCUUCCUUCCAAUCGAAGACCUCCCUUUUCCUUAAAUCACUCUCCUUUUCAAAAAACUGAUCCUUCUCUCUUUUUCUCUCUCUAUCUCUUUCUCUUUCUCUUUUUCCUGACAUGACCGCACACUGCUGCCAAUGCCACCGCCACAGCUGCUACAUCCGGUUUGAAAAAUUCGAACGUCGAGAGCUUUCGAAUUAUUCACUAAUGCUCGAUCGUGUCUGUUCGCGAAUGAUGGCAAGAAGGAUCUUAAAGAUCGAACUUAGACUCGAAAUUGGAAUCUCGGUCGAUACUCGGGAUAGACGGAAAGGCAAGAACGUUGAUCGUGAAGCAUCGAGUCAAGAAGACUAUCAUUGGCGAGGAGAGAAGAACAAUCGAGUAGGGCGUGGAUCAUUCGGUCUCUCGCGCACGAAAUUUCUUAAAUAAAAAAGGAAUCCAUUUAUUAUUGACCCAUUUGUAUGGAGGAACAGGAAGGAGCGAAUUGUGGAUGAAUAGAGGAAAGGACAGGAGGAGACACACACACUCACAUCUCCCCUGCAUACCUUGUCUCGUUGACGCGAAAAUCAUUGCGCGAACGCGCGCGUGCAUGCAUGCACCUCAUUGUCGAUAACGCACAUAGCAGAAAAAAGAAAGCAAACGCUAGAUUAUUUGAGUUUUGCGAAUAGAAAACGAGAAAGUGAUGUACUAUUAAAGGGUAAAUCACAUCGGGACGAGACAUGGAAUGCAGAGGACCGACCGACCCACUGUCAUUACUCCCAAAAUCUGUUCGCUGCUUACCAUCUCAAAAAAGAAAAACAUUAAAGUUAAAACGAGAAAAGAAACAGCGCGGAGGUACGAGAAGAAGCGAAGAGAACGAGGAAAUGAAAAAAAAGCACGCAUGAAUCUACUGCAUUAUAUCCAGUUGUCAUUUAAAUUAAAUUUCACAUUGUCUAGCAAGUAACGAAUAUUAUUAUACGAAGGGAAGAAUGCAGGAGGAGAAAGGAGAGUAAAAACAAAUACAUUAAGUUAUUAAGUUCCAAAACAAACAACAGUGGUGACUUGAUUUUUCAAACACUGUAUCUUUUUUUUUUUUUAUUUUUUUCUCCUCUCUCUCCAACAUUACCACCAUGAUUGCGCACAUGAUAUGAUUUGCAUGCAAUUCAAUAUCUCUUCCUACGCGGACUUUCCUCCCUUUUCCUUUCGCCACGACCGAAACCUCGCGAUUUUACUGAAAGUCCGAAGUCGCGACAGUCCGACAGUUUGGGAUUAAGUUCCUUGGAUUUCUCUUACUACUUUUCAAUCUGUCUGUAAUUUAUCCACGGAGAGAAAAGAUUGAAUCGAUCAGGGUCGUUGGUAGCAUAUAAGUAUUAUCACAAUUGUGUUGUAACGCGAAGAGAAAGAGAAGACGUUUCUCGUCGUCGUUCUGGUCGUCGUCGCGGUCGUUCGCACAUAUUUUCCCCUAAGUUUCGUGCGAUCGUGAAACGGAAUGCGGAAGAAGGAGGACGAGGAUCUGAAGAGCCGCUCGUUUCCCCAUUGUCGUCGUCGAGCGCAGAGAUUACACACGUGCGACACGUUAUUAAGAGAUUGCAUAUUCUGGACCUUCAACUUCCUCUCGCUCUUCUAUUCGACCGCUCGUCUCUCUCUCUUUCUCUAUUAUACUAUACGCAAUUAUAUAAUAUAUACACAAAGAUAUAUAAAUAUAUUUAUAUCACGUAACUCUUAGCAAGUUCGUAGCGCGGUCGAGAAGAAUGGAGAGAGAACGAGUUAUACGCACACAACAUACACACGAAUAGAUAUAUAGCCACGUAUUUACUUUCGUCCUGCGAUAUUCAUUUCCGAGAGUUUGCGAGAAAAUUAUAUACGUGUUGCGAAUCACGAUUUACAAUUGCUUCUCGAAGAUAGCGUCGUGUAAGGUAGAGUAUCAAGGCUUCCUCGAGGGAGAGGAAGCUCGCAACGCUUGGUCCCUCGAUCGAGGUGUACACAUCGAAGAAAGUCACGGAGAAGAAUUUGCAUAUACAAUUACGAUUGAUUGAUUAGAAUAUAAGACCGAGACGAUGUGUCGAAUAAUAAAUUACGCAACGUAUUUGAAUUGAGUGUUAACAAUUUAUAUCGGACGAUUUAGGACUUCGACGUGUACCACGUGUUUGUAACGCGAUGUAAGUAUUUCGAUCAUUGUUAACAGAAAAGAUUCUACGUUAGAGGGGAAACCGCAAGAUUCCAACGGGAGGUCUAAGACUAUCCAAAAUCACGCUCUCCGCUCGCGUUCGACAUCCCGACGCGAAGAGAAGAAAAAGAGAUAUGAAACGAGGAGCUGAAAUGCAUCCUCGUAUGCUCUUCUCGUAUAUAUAUGUAUAAUUAAGUAUAUGUAUAUACGCGCGUACUGACAGCACAUAUAUAAAUAUAUUCAUACAUACACACAUACACACAUUGUAUCACGCAUAUGUAAUAUCGCCGCCUAUGGGUGCCAGCCAGUUCUCAGCAAGUUAGUCGCUAAUUACACGUGAAUGGGUAAACGUUUUCCUGUUAUCGCGUUGAUAUUUCUCGAUGUAUAAUCGGUGUGUCUUUGUCGCAACAACAUUGUCCGUAAUCGCCGGGAAGGGAAGAAACACGCGGGAAUAACGUUCGGUUGCUAGGAAGGAAGGGGAGAAAGAGAAAAACGAGAGUGAGACGGACGCGGUGUCGAAGAGACGAUGAGCAGUGACAGCAUUCGAAUGGCGACUCUUCCUAUCCACCUUCCUCCUCCUUCCGUCAAAUGGGAGCGAGAAUGAAUACGUGUACGAUUGAAGUCUCGUGUUUAUAAUUCAUCGCCGAUAUCAGUUUCGUUUCUAUCGCAGUAGUAGAUGCGGGACGUGGAAAUCAAGCCGGUACUCUGGCAGAAAUAAUUCGCGAUUUGCGUCCAUUACAGACGAGGUCUUUUAAUGUCGAGGCAGGAUAAAAUGAAGAUAAGAUACAGAUGACAAGAAAUGAGAUGUAACGUGAAAUAAGAGUAUAUUUACGCGACUUGGAGAUCAAAUACGAUCGUGGAAAUUCUUAUGCUUGCUUCUUGUCGUUUAAAUCUUGUUCUUUCGUUUCGUUCUGCCUCGAAGUUUUGCUAUUUAAGAGACUUAAGAUCGAGGAGUCGAACGAUGAAGGCUACAGCCUACAAAUUUCAUCUCUCUGAGCCUAUCUCUUCCGGAAAGUCCUCGUUCAACGAGGGCUGGCUGGGCGAGACUGGGUGUAUGUAUGUGCAUGCGUGUGUAAUCAGAAGUGGUAAGAUACGCAGGCCAUCACGAUGCCAUCGGCCAGCGGGUCCUCAGAUAUAACAUCCUUCUCUUUUCAUCCCCACCUCUCGCGAGUCCUCUUUCUCCUCCGAGUACAAUAGUUCCUCCUUUCGCCUCUUUCUCUUGAAUCUACUCUUCAGGGAUGUUUUCUUCAAUCUAACUUAUCCUUAUCCCAGCCGCUCACCACCCAAUUCAACAAAUCGAACGUUAACAUCUUGUGUUCUUUUCAUUUUCUGGAUAUUAUGAAUUUUCUAAAAUAAACGUUAUAUGUUUUUUUAAUAA